CCAGCUUUUUGAGAACCUAGGCGUCCUGCUCUACUGGACGUGUGUUUAUUUCUUGUAACCAACGACCUCAAACGUGAACACAAUCCUUAUGUUGGGUGUGCUAUAGCAAAUUCAAAAUGACAUUUCCUCCUCUCUGUCUGCUUCCUCUUACAUUUCAUAGUGAUUUAGCAGACUGUGAGAAGAAAACAAGCAAGAGUGAAUUUGGGAAAGCAGGGGUCUUUAAAACACAGGUGAUUGACUGGCCAGUCUUUGAAUGCGGUGCAUCAGUGUUCGUCAGAUUAGGAUGGGUCAAAAGGAGCUGACUCUUACAGUCUUCGGCUUCUAGCAAGCACAUCACCGACAAGAUGAGCAGUUCCUGAUGUGAAGGAGAACAUUGGGCUGCUGGCUACUGCCUUUGCUUUCCUCUUUAUUUUCAUUGUUGCUUGCACCGACAUGAGGAGGGGCACACUCCCGGCCAGGUACAUGGCCGCUCGGAAGCGCUACCAGGAGCUUCUGGAUGGGGACUGGGAGCCUCCGCUGGUGCCAUGCAGCACCCCAGUGACAUCAGCCUUUAUUUCAAAGAGGCUUCCAUCACCAGAGGUGGACAGUCCUGCUGAGCAAUCUGAGGCUGCUGAGAUCUUGAGUUUCAGAAGGUCUGAAAGCCCUCCCAGGAAGCCUGUUGCUUUGAAACUACCUGAGGUUGACCUUUUGGGGGAGUUUCCUUCAGUUCUGAGUACUAAACUCUCUCAGGCCUUUGUUGGCAGUAGCCACCCUUUGAAAAGAAAGGUGGAAAAAAGAAGAAAAGAAAGCAAUAGUUCAGUCACCGUGGUGACUGAACCAUUUCCCCUGCAGAGACUGUUGGCAAUACAUAAGAACAAGCGGAGACAGCAGGAAUCAGAGCAACAGCCAAAGAAUUUCCCAGAAGUCAGUCAGCCCAAUGUUUCUCUCAGUAGGAGUGUGGUGCUGAAGCUUCCUCAGAUUUGCUUGUCUGAGGACUUUCCUGUGAAACACGGCAGCUACACUCCUUCCAUUCAGUGGGUCAGUGGACCAUCCAUUCAGAGUCUCCCUCUCAGUCCCCAAGUCCUGGAAAGCAGCAGCUUCCACACCAUUCUGCUUCAUUUUGAAGGGGAAGAGGUUCAGCAGUACAGGAAGAGGACACAAGAGGCAGAUGUGGCAGUGCCAGUGAAAACAGACUCUAGUGCCAAAGACAGUAAGAAGCCAGCAGCCCAAUUUUAUGUGAAGCUGCCGGAACUGAACCUCCGAGUUGGCCUGCUGAAUCCCAGAGUGACAAAGCAUCCAAGACAAGAAUGGCCACAAAAGGCAAUAGACGAGAUCAACAAAAAGUAGAUGCUUUGUGGACUUAUCAACAACCUUCACUGCUCAAGGAAAAAGACAGGUGCACCUUUGUCUGUAAGGCAUUGGACAAUUCCACCCUUUGCGCUGAAAACCUCACAUACCACAUAACAAUGGACAUUUCAUACUCUAGGGCUUUGGGCACUGCAUUGCUUGGGCAAUGGAUGCUUUAAAGAAUGUUACACACUUGUGCAGUGGACAAUUAACAUCCUAGAGCACUGAAUGUGUGUAGGUUUGUGCAGUGGACAUCUCAACUUUAAAGACAUAGACAACUGUAUCUGUGAGCACUGGACAAUUUACAGGGCAUUAGCUUUUACGUCAGUGCACUGGGUACCAUGCAUCUUAGGGUAUUGUAAACUUAAGCCCUUGUCCAGCAGACACAUUACAUCCUAGAGUGUUGGACAAUUGCUUAUGGACAUUUCACACUCUGGGGUUUUUGGCACUUGAAUGCUUGAACUGUUUAAGGAAUUUAACUUGCAUUAUUGGAAAAAUGUACCAUUCUCCCUUGAACAAUUCAGACUGCGCCUUAUGGGUCACUUUAGACUUGAACAUGUAUGCUCUAGACCCCCCACACCACUUUGCUUCAGAGUAUCAUAUUUAGUCUAGGUGAAUCUGCUUCUGUACAUUGGACACCUGAUGCCUUUUAAGCCAUUUUACCAAUACCUCUUAUUCUAGGGCAUCGAUUUAUUGUCCAUAUGGUUUUGCAAAAUCGUAUUCUUAUUUACCGGUCACAUCACACCAUAUAGUACAGAAUCUGUGUGCAGAGGACAACUCUACUUUCUCAACCAUUGCAUCUCAUACCUCAUGAGACUAAUGCCUUGUAUCUUAAUGCAAUGGAGGCCUGUAUAUAUAAUCUGUGCUUGAAGAAGUGUCAGACACCAGCAUAUGUCUUUAAUGCAGAGGUGCAGUGUGUGGAAGCAUGUGGAACUGAAUGUGGAAAAACAGUCAAAGCAGCAAAGGCAUGAUAGAGAACAUGGAAGUUGAAAUUAAAUGAGAUGUUGCCUCU